CUGCUUCCCCACAGUGAGCACCUGUCCUGCGCCUUCACGUUCUUCUUACACGGUGAUAGUAACGUGUGCACCAGUGUGGAGAUCAACCAGCACCAGCCCAUCUACCAUCUAACGGAAGAGCACCUCACUCUGGCCCAGCAGGCGUCCAGUCCAUUUCAAGUCAUCCUAAGUCCAUUUGGCCUGAAUGGGACGCUGACUGGCCAGUCAUUCAAGAUGUCAGACCCCCCCACCCAGAAACUUAUCGAGGAGUGGAACCAGUUCUAUCCCAUCAGCCCUGGUGCCAAGGAGAGGGUGUCCGAGGACAAGGUGGAGGACAUCGACUGGGAGGAUGAAUCUCUGGCCUCUGUGGAGGUCCUUGUUGGUCAGUUCUCGUGUCGUGGUGUUCGCAUGGUUUACCCAGCCUGCCUGGUGCUGGUACCCCAGUCAGACAUCCCCGUUGUGGCCCCUGUGGGGUCCUCCCACUGCACUGCCGUCUACUCGGGUGGCCACCAAGUGCCUGCUUCCCAGCGAGAGCCUGCCAUGUCUUUGGUGACCCUCACCCCCCCCACAUCACCUGAGGAGGUGCACACAGUGGACUCUCACUCGGCCCAGAAGUGGGUUAAAAUGACCGCUUCAUCCGACUUGUUCAGCGCCAACAGAACAAGUCACCAUGGAGGAAAGAUUCCAAGACGGCUAGCCAGUCAGUUAGUGGAGCACGUCUGGCAAGAGUGCAAUAUCAACAGAGCCCAGAACAAGCGCAAGUUUUCAGCAGCAACCAACGGUACCUGUGAGGAGGAGGUGCCGGAGAAAGUGGGAGCCUGGGAUUUUGUGGAGUCUUCACUUAGAUCGCACUGCAGCUGUUCCAGACAUAAAUCUGUAAAGCAGCGAGCUGGCAGCACCCCAGGCCAGACUCAGUCAGCAGGCCAGCCCUCUCAGCCCCCAACCAAGCACAAAACUGGAGGAGAGAAGCCAGAGAAAGGUGAAAAGCAGCAGAAACGGCCCCAGACACCCUUCCAUCAUCGCAGCCUGAUCAGCGACGAGACAUCCAUGGAGACAGAAGCAGCAGUGGGCCAGCGGCUUUCCAUGAGGGCUCAGGACGGAAGCAGAUUUCGUUCGGCGGAUGUUACCACCAUCCCUAAAGCCCCCCAGCUUCACAGCGGGGCGAUCAAUGCAGGUCCCACAGAACAGGCUAACUCCCCCCAACCUCCACCACUUAGCCCCCACCCCUGCGAGCGAGGCGAGGAUUCAGGGGAGGGCAUGAAGAACCCUUCAACCCCCAACAGUCAACACUUUUACCAGCCGCCCCCGGAGCCCUGUCUGGUCGGGGUGAAGGGUGGCGGCGAGGAGCACGGCGGGCAAGAAUGCCUGAAUCAGCACUUCCACACCCACCACCACCCUCACCCUCACGCUGCAAGCUCUGCCUACUCUGAGCCGCCUGAGCCCACCGUUUAUGUGGGCGCAGCGGUCGACCUGGAGGAUGACGGCUCCCACGCACCAUGGAGGUUAUACAGCCUUCCCCGCAGGAAAGAACCGGAGCCCACGCCGCUGCUGCCCGGGGACAAGCUGAGGGACGAGGCCUCGGCCUCACAGGAUUUCAUGUCUGUCACAGAAGUGAUGGCUACAUCAAAAUGUCCACUGAAAGUCUCUGAGGAACGGGUUCAAAUGUAUCGAGCCAGGAGGAACCAGUACCUCUCUGCUGCUGUGACGGAUGGAGACCAUGAGCCGGAGGUGGACCCUUAUGCCUUCGAGGAAGGCGAUGUCAAGUUCACAUUCUCCAACAAGAAGGAUAAGGCAGGAGGAGAGCGUGAGCCAGGCAAGAAACAUAAGGGUGAAGAUGGAGCAGCAGGUCCAUCAGAUGACGCUCAACGUGCGGCAGCCCACAAUCGCAUAGCCCCGACCAGCUUGAUCCACGAGACGGACCUGGUUGUAUCCAUCAAUGACCUGGACAACCUUUUCAACUCGGAUGAGGAUGAUCUGGCGCCUGGCCCCAGACGACCAGUGAAUGGAACAGAUGAGAAAAUUGGCAGCAAGGAACCAAAGCCAUCCACUUUGGACCCUGUACAAUGCAUUAGUUCUGCAGAUUUGCACCAAAUGUUUCCCACGCCUCCCUCCCUGGAGCAGCACAUCAUGGGCUACUCCCCCAUGAACAUGUGCAGCAAAGAGUACGGCAGCAUGGAGCCCAUCACGGGCAUGACCAUGCUGGAUGGCACCUCGGCUCUGGGAGGCCACUUCAAGAUCGAGGUGGAGGAGAGCUUUUGCAGUCCCAAACCAUCUGAGAUCAAGGACUUUUCUUUUGUGUACAAGCCAGAGCUGUGUCAGGCGUUUGUCGGCUGCUCCAUGUUUGCCCCACUUAAAACGUUGCCCAGCCAGUGUCUCCCACCUGUCAAAGUACCAGAGGACUGCAUCUACCGACCAAGCUGGACCAUGGGCAGGGAGAUGCUCAACCCCGUGCCUGUAAUGAGCUUCCUGAACAAAGACAGUAACAUCCCCAGCGUGGGCAGCACCAUGGAUCAGGACUACAGCCAAACAUACACCCCUCAAACCCAUACUCCCUUUAUGUCCAACAGUGCUCCACCCAGUAACAGUGGCGCUGGCAUCCUGCCCUCACCGGCCACCCCGCGUUUUUCAGCCCCAACCCCACGAACGCCUCGCACCCCACGCACACCCCGUGGGCCCUCAAGUGUCCAGGGCUCGCUCAAAUACGAGAACUCGGAACUGUAUUCACCAGCAUCCACCCCCUCCACCUGCCGACCACUAAACUCUGUGGAGCCGGCAACAGUACCCUCCAUCCCUGAAGCCCACAGCCUCUACGUCACACUCAUCCUCUCCGAAUCGGUCAUGAACCUCUUCAAGGACUGCAACUUUGACAGCUGCUGCAUCUGUGUGUGCAACAUGAACAUCAAAGGAGCCGACGUGGGCGUUUACCUGAACGACCCCGGCGGCGAGCCCCAGGAGACCUGCAGCUGCGGCUUCAGCGCCGUGGUCAACCGGCGCUACGGAAACGGCUCAGGACUCUUCCUGGAGGACGAGCUGGAUAUCAUUGGCCGCGGCUCAGACGUCAGCAGAGAGGCCGAAAAGCGCUUUGAGGAGCUGCGGCUGUCCUCGUUGGAGAAAACAGGGGUGGGAAGAGGAGACCGAGUCCCAGAUGAGCUGAUCCUGCUCAUGCAGGACCAGUGCACCAACCCCUUUUCGCCCAUUUCAGUCAUAGAGCACGAUCCGGUGACACGGGGGCCAAGCGGGGCCCCCGUGCCCCCCUGUGUAAGAGUAGAGGAGAGAGACUUUCACAGCGACUGCUACAUGGCCCUGGAGCACGGCAGGCAGUUCAUGGACAACAUGUCCGGCGGGAAGGUGGACGAGGCGCUGGUGAAGAGCACCUGUCUGCACCACUGGGACAAACAAAACGCAGUGGACGUGAGCACGCUGUGCUCUAACGACGUGCUGCGGGUGCUGAUGUCUCUCCAGCCUGUGCUCCAGGAUGCAAUCCAGAAGAAGAGGACAAUACGGUCGUGGGGCGUUCAGGGUCCCCUCACCUGGCAGCAGUUUCACAAGAUGGCUGGACGUGGAUCUUAUGGCACAGAUGAGUCUCCAGAGCCUCUGCCCAUACCUACCUUCCUUGUGGGUUAUGAGUAUGACUUUGUGGUACUAUCUCCAUUUGGUCUGCCCUACUGGGAGAAGCUGCUUCUGGACCCAUUUGGCUCCCAGCGGGACAUCGGGUACCUAGUUGUUUGUCCAGACAGUGAAGCCCUGCUCACUGGUGCCAAGAGCUUCUUCCGAGAUCUCACCGCCGUCUACGAGUCUUGUCGUUUGGGACAACACCGGCCCAUUUCGAAAGGCUACCCUGAUGGAAUAGUCCUCGUUGGUGGAAGUGGAGCCAAGAACCUUGUGGAUCAGCCAGUCAGUGACUGGUUCCUCAAGGCUGCCAGCAGCAACAGCGACGCCUUCGCCAAGCUCAAACUCUAUGCACAAGUCUGUCGCCACAACCUCGCUCCAUACCUCGCAUCACAGACGUUAGACAGUUCCCUCCUCACACAGCCCAGUCCUCCUCCCUCAUCCAACCAGUCAUCAUCCACACAGUCCAGCUCCACCUCCAGCACCGGCAGCCAGCAGGGCUCCUCCGUUCCCAACAACAACAGCAGCAGUGGCUCUGGAAACGGCUCUGCGUCAUCCAACAGCCUUGGGACAUCUUCAGGACAGCCUGGCAGCACAAUUCCGCCUGCCAAGCCCAACUCUUUCCCCCCUUUUGGAAGCAUGAGCAGCCAGGGCUCCCAGAGUGGACAGCUGGGACAGCAGGCUGGUACCCAGAAUUCUGGCACCUCAGGGGACAACUCCAGCAGCCAGCCGCAGGGGCCCGCAGAGCCUCCCGAGAGCACUUUGGAGCGGGAAAAGGUCGGUGUUCCCACAGACGGGGAGUCCCACGCUGUGACGUAUCCACCUGCCAUCGUUGUUUACAUCGUGGACCCCUUUAGCUAUGAGGAGACUGAUGGAGGCUCAGGGCCAGCGGCAGCCCACUCCAGCGUGUGGACGCCAGGCCUGCUGCGCUGUUACCUCGAGAUGCUUCAGUUCCUGCCAUCACACAUUCGCAAUUCUAUUUCUGUACAGAUCGUCCCGUGCCAGUACCUGCUUCAGCCUGUACGAGGUGAAGAUCGUCAAAUCUAUGCCCAGCACCUCAAAUCUUUAGCCUUCUCAGUCUUCACUCAGUGCAGACGGCCUCUGCCCACCUCCACCAACGUGAAGUCCCUGACUGGAUUUGGCCCAGGUUUGGCCAUUGACACCUCACUAAAGCGCCCAGAGAGGCCAGAGUGUCUGCGGCUGUACACGCCUCCGUUCAUCCUUGCACCAGUAAAAGACAAGCAGACGGAGCUGGGGGAGACAUUCGGGGAAGCAUCACAGAAAUACAAUGUGCUUUUUGUGGGAUACUGUUUAUCGCACGACCAGCGAUGGCUUCUGGCCACGUGUACUGACCUGUAUGGGGAGCUCCUGGAGACCUGUAUCAUCAACAUAGAUGUUCCCAACAGGGCAAGAAGGAAAAAGGGGUCAGUUCGACGGCUUGGCUUGCAGAAGCUCUGGGAUUGGUGCUUGGGAUUGGUACAGAUGACAUCAGUUCCAUGGAGAGUCGUCAUUGGGCGUUUGGGCAGGAUAGGACAUGGAGAGCUAAAAGACUGGAGUAUUCUGUUGAGCAGGAGAAACCUCCAGUCACUCAGUCGCAGGCUAAAGGAAAUGUGUCGAAUGUGUGGAAUCUCUGCGUCCGACACUCCCAGCAUCCUCAGUGUCUGCUUGGUCGCCAUGGAGCCACAGGGAUCCUUUAUCAUCAUGCCAGACUCUGUGUCGACGGGCUCUGUGUUUGGCCGCAGCACCACCUUGAACAUGCAGUCGCAGCUCAGCACCCCCCAGGACACCUCCUGCACCCACAUCCUGGUGUUUCCCACCUCCGCCUUCGUCCAAGUCGCUAGCUCCAAUUAUACUAACAUCGACACCAACAUCGACAUUCUCAAUGCAACCACUGAUGGCUCUGAUGGUAUUGGGAUCUUUGACCUGCUGGACCAGGAGAAUGAGUUAGUGGACCCAGACAUCAUCAACAUCUCACCCACCACCUCACCGGUACACUCCCCUGGCCCUCACUACCACCACGGGGAUGAUGACUGUAAGGGCCAGAGCGCAGACCGGAUGGAGUCUCAUGAGGAGGUUCCUAACCUCCUGCAGCAGCCUCUGGCUCUUGGCUACUUUGUCUCCACGGCGAAGGCCGGCCCGCUACCGGACUGGUUCUGGUCCGCAUGCCCGCAGGCCCAGAAUCAGUGUCCACUCUUCCUCAAGGCCUCUUUGCACCUCCAUGUGUCUUCAGUGCAAUCAGAUGAACUACUGCAUAGCAAACACUCCCACCCCCUCGACUCCAAUCAGACCUCAGAUGUACUCAGAUUUGUGCUGGAGCAGUACAACGCCCUCUCCUGGCUGACAUGUGACCCGGCUACACAGGACCGACGAUCGUGUCUGCCCAUUCACUUUGUGGUGCUCAACCAGAUGUACAACUUCAUCAUGAACAUGUUGUAACCAACAGCCUGUUACAGGAGCGAUGUCGGGGAAAAGUUUCAGAGCAAAGCGACUGUUCCGGAUGAGGUUUCAUCACGCGAGAAGAAAAAAGUACAGAGCUGGAUCCUGUACCGAGAGUGGGCCGAAGCCUUUUCGGUCCCAUCACUUGUGGCUGUUACUGGUUGACACAGUCCUGUCCCUGUGAUUUAAAGACAUUCGCAUAGCAACAAGGGAAUGAGAAUAAGACAGAAGGAAGUUGGUCUGUAAUUAAUGAACGUGAGAGAAUGACAGAUUGAUUGUCAUGAUGUGUGGCAUGACAGCAGUCAUUGGCCAGUCUGUUUUGGAGAGUCUGUCUGUAAAGUUAUUGGAAGCAAAGGGACAUAUUUGAACAAGGAAAAAAACUCAAGGAUGGGUCUUUGGUUUUAAGACAUGAAAUUCCUUUUUACAGCUUUGGAUGAAAUAUUAUCCAAAUGAAAUGCCUGCAUCUAUCUUAUUUAUUGUAAGUUUUUAAAUGUAUAAUUUGUCUUAUUUCUUAACUUCUUUUAUAUAUAAAAAUGGAGAAGGUUUAUAUCACCUUCCUGCUUUAAAGCAAUUGGUCUAAGAUAUAUGUAAUCGUCUUAAUUAAUAAAACAACCAGGAAAAAUCCCACAAAAAUUAAAUAAAGUCCCAGUAGGUUGCUUUUAGAGUAUUAUUUUUUGUAAUGGAGACAGAAUAUUUGUAUUGUCACAUUGUACAGAAGAAUUAGAGUGGAGAAUUAUGUUUCAUGCCUUUGAGCAUGAAGGACUUACAGCAAAGCUGUAGCUACAGAGAACUUGUACAGCAAUGAACUUCACUGUGUUCAAAUAAAGAGGUACAUUGUUGUAUAUAGUAUUUUAUACCACACAUUUACACAAAACCAAACGGCAAUAUAUAUAAAUAAUUAUAUAUGAAGGCCAUGCCAGCAGCUGGUAGCGUGGCUUCUGUUUUAGGAAUAAAGUGCGU